GUACCUUUUCCCGCUUUACGAGAUCCUCGUACAGGAAAGUAUUUAUCAGAGACAAAGCGCAUUAGACUUGCUCCUUCAUUAGCGACUUUAAAGCACUUUGAAGACUUCCCAACAGACCAAACCAGCUAUGCCAAGCCUUUGGUUAUUGGUGAUCCUUUAGUUGGGAAGGUAAUGAUGGAUGGAGUAGAAUGUGAUAUUGAACGUUUGCCAGGUGCACAAGCAGAAGCAAUCGUAAUAGCUGAUAAACUUCGUGUUAGGCCACUAAUAGGCGAAGCAGCCACAAAGCUGGAUGUCCUACAGAGACUACAACAAGCAGUAUCUGUUGUUCAUAUCGCUGCACACGGCAAUCUCACUAGAGGUACGAUAGCACUUGCACCUUCUCCUGAGGUAAGAGCAACAAAGAUCCCAGAUGAAGAAGAUUACAUGCUGACCAUGGCUGAUGUACAGCAGGCUCAAGUACGUGCACAGUUAGUUGUGUUAAGCUGCUGUCACAGUGGACGUGGUGAAAUCAGAGCUGAAGGAGUAGAUAGCAUGUGUCGAGCCUUUCUAGCGUCAGGUGCUCGUGCAGUCGUAGCGCCCUUGUGGGCCAUCAAUGAUAGAGCAACACUCGAGUUCAUGGAUAAAUUUUAUACUCAUUUAAUGAACGGAAGGAGCGCGAGUGUAAGUUUACAUCAAGCGAUGAAUGAAAUGAGGAACUUUCCCGGCUUCAGGGAACCGUAUUACUGGGCACCAUUCUUUCUCAUGGGUGAAGAUGUCACAAUCAAUUGUUAAAGAAUACUGCAAACAUAGCAUAAUGAUACAUUUCCCAUUCUUAUCAUUAUAAUGACAAGUGCUGCCUUUUUUAGUUUAGAAGACAACUAAUAUACUGUAUUUUCAGCUGCUCAUACAUUCGUAUCAUCAAAUCUAAAUAUAAGAUAACGUGUAGGAUCAGGUGAUUUUACCGUGCCCUGGACAAGUCAACAUGUUAGCAUGUGAGUUAAUGUGUGUCG